AUUGGGAAUUAAAUGUGUAUUAUUUUCGAUCAGGCGGUCAAUGCGGACACCCUAGCUGUCAAAUUAGUCAGCGGUCCUACUGGUCCUUUUUGCUGCGAACUUGCGACUGUGUGAGGUCAUGUACCACCUUUGAUAUAAGCCAAAAUUGAAAUAUUAUCUUUGUUAACAUAGAAAUAUCAACCAUUUCGGAAGUGAUGAUGGGCGGUAAAUCGAGCACGAUAGCCGCCGGUGUUUGCGGGGCUCUGUUCGUUGGCUACUGCAUCUACUUCGACAGGAAAAGACGGAGUGACCCCAACUUCAAGAACAGGUUGCGAGAACGGAGGAGAAAUCAGGUGGCUGCAAAACAGGGGACAGGACUGUCAAAGCUCCCAGACCUGAAGGAUGCUGAGGCGGUUCAGAAGUUCUUCCUGGAGGAGAUUCAGCUGGGAGAGGAGCUGUUGGCUCAAGGAGAUUACGAGAACGGCAUCGAGCACCUGACCAACGCCAUCGCCGUGUGCGGCCAGCCCCAGCAGCUUCUCCAGGUGCUGCAGCAGACUCUCCCUCUGCCAGUCUUCCAGAUGCUACUCACCAAACUGCCCACCAUCAGCCAGCGUAUUGUGAGCGCACAAGGUAGCUUGAAUGAAGAGGACUUAGAAUGAGGAUCGUCGCUGGAAAUUUCCCCUCGGAACCCUCCUAUAACGGAGUGCCCCUAGAUGCUGAUCUUGGGUCAGUUUUGUAUUUCCCCCACUAAUCGUUAAGGUUAGGAUUGGGGAGGGGAAGGUGAUCCUAGAUCGGUACCUAGGGGAAAGUUAAUCCCGGUGCUCCUAUAACCAAUUUUUUUUAGACAAGUCAGGAUAAGAGGUUAACUUUUUUUUUUUUUACUCACUUUUUUGGAGGGUAUUGAACAUUCUUUCGCUGAUGUCCAAAUGAAAGAAUCAUGAACCCGUCCCCCACACGUGUGUUACUAUUGGUCGCAUCAAAUUACCAUAUCGUGAUUUGCUGCAACCAAUCAAAAAUGCCCAUCGGAUAGCAUUUUUAUUGGAUUCAUACGCAGUUCGAAAAAUACAUUGUUUUGCUUCUCUUAGUGGUCGGCCUCUGGAAGGUGUAGCAAAGCAUUUCUCAGCAUUUACAAUAUCAUCCCUGCAACCACUCCCACAUUUACACAGCUCUGGGACCAUAUGUAUUAAGCGUCUUGAGUAGGAGUGCUGAUCUAGGAUCAGGUCCCCCCCCCUGCCCAUGCAUUCUUAUACAUUGUGAUCUAAAAGGGAAAUGGAUCCUAAAAAAGCAUUCCUACUUGAUACAUAUAGCCCCUGCAUUAAAACCUAUUUCUACAAACUUCUUAGAUCACAUGUAGGAACAAGGAAAUUGAACGACUGUCUCAAUGUUGUUGCUUCAUUGUAUUUUAAGUUAUUGUUUUGAUUUCAGUCCGACAUGCAGAUACUUUAGAAAGUGGUUGAAUGUUCUGUUAGGUCAUUAAGAGGUUGUUCCUCUUUGUAAGAAAUCAAAAUAAAAAGGUAAAUGACA